CUACCGCCGCGCCCACCGGAGCGUGCAGUAGGUCCCUCCUGAGACGGUGGGCUGCCUCCAGAUGGUAACAGCCACAGGAUCAUGACGGGGAAGAAGUCUUCCCGGGAGAAGAGGCGCAAACGCAGCAGUCAGGAGGCGGCCGCGGCCCUCGCGGCGCCGGACCUGACACCCGCCCUCGCCAGCAGCGGCAGUGGAAACACCAGCGGCUGCGGGAGCACCAGCGGCUGCGGGAGCGUAACCUGUUGUGGGACCACCAGCUUCAGUGGUAGUGUCACGGGCGUUGGGAGCGGCGUGGAGCGCAGCGAGCGCCGGAAGCGGAGGAGCACUGACUCAUCUUCCUGCGUCUCCGGCUCCCUGCAACAGGAAACCAAAUACCUUUUACCAACUUUGGAAAAAGAAUUAUUCUUGGCAGAGCACAGUGACCUUGAAGAAGGUGGAUUGGACCUGACUGUGUCGUUAAAACCAGUUAGUUACUAUAUAUCAGACAAAAAAGAAAUGCUUCAGCAGUGUUUCUGUAUCAUCGGAGAGAAGAAGUUACAGAAGAUGCUUCCUGAUGUAUUAAAGAACUGUUCAAUAGAAGAAAUUAAAAAACUGUGCCAAGAACAGUUAGAGCUUCUGUCUGAAAAAAAAAUCAUGAAGAUUCUUGAGGGUGACAAUGGUAUGGACUCUGAUAUGGAAGAGGAGGCAGAGGAUGGCUCUAAGAUGGGAUCUGAUUUAGUCAGUCAGCAAGACAUCUGUAUAGAUUCUACUUCAUCCCUGAGAGAGAACAAGCAACCUGAAGGUUUGGAAUUAAAACAAGGAAAAGGGGAAGAUAGUGAUGCGCUCAGUAUAAAUGCAGAUGCUUAUGACAGCGACAUAGAAGGCCCGUGCAACGAAGAAGCAGCUGCUCCUGAGGUCCCAGAAAAUACAGUCCAGAGUGAAGCCGGUCAGAUAGAUGACCUGGAGAAGGACAUUGAGAAGAGUGUGAAUGAGAUCCUGGGUCUGGCAGAGUCUAGCCCAGAGGAGCCCAAAGCCGCCACCCUGACUGUUCCUCCUCCAGAAGAUGUUCAGCCUUCUGCACAGCAGCUGGAGCUGCUCGAACUGGAGAUGAGGGCAAGAGCCAUCAAAGCCCUGAUGAAAGCUGGUGAUAUAAAAAAGCCAGCCUAGUCACUUACCUUCAACCUGAAUUUUAGGUGUGUUUGAACAAAGCCACGUCAUAUAAUUUUGUAUCUGAAGUUUAUUUUGGGUCUUAAUAUGAUGUUUCUCAACACUAUUAGAUAAACUCAUCUUAGACCUAGAAUAUGUUUGGGUUUUUUUGUUGUUGUUCCUUUUAUAUUAUAUGUGUGACUGUUUUCUGAGUUCAUGGCAAACAGUGUUGGAUAACUGGGUACUUUGUUAGAUGAGUAUAUAUAGCUAUGUCUGUAGAUUAAUAUCUGAAAAGCCAUUAGCAUAGAGUCAUGGUAUUUUUUUCUUUAUUUGUAAAUGUUUUGGCACAGACCUAAAAGCUUAAGAAAAAUCGACCAAGCAUGUUGCUCUUAAGGCUGCCUGUAUUUUGCAAUAGAAUAUUAAAUUAUUGCUCCUAGAUUUGUUAACAUUUUAAGAAAUUUAAUUAAUGCUUAUAUGCACUUUUAAAAUACGUGUUGUCUUGAGGAUACUUUAUGGGUGUUUAUUUACUAGUAGAAACUGAGUAACAUUUUUCACUAUAAGGAUUAGAGAUCUGAAAUGGCUGAGAAAAACUUAAUUUGUGAAUGAAAAAGGACUUAAUUUAAGGCAGUUUUUAACAACUGUAGAGUAACUGCCCAACUGUAGUUCCAGCAGACAAGCCGCUCUUUUUUUUGAUAUUAUUGGAUACUUUGUUUAAGUUUUGUUUUUUGUUUUUUGUUUUUCAAUAAAAAGGGAACACGUUUUCAUUGUAAGCCAUCCGGAAAAGGAGAAUAUUUUAUCGUAUAGGCUUCCCUCUGGUGUUUGUGAAGAUCUGAUGUGCUAUAAUUCCGUGAAUUAAAAAUAAUAAAGACUGUCAUUCUGGAUUUGAAGACUUGAUACAUUUCCAAAUGCAAAAUUAACUUCAGGAAGUUUUGAUAAAUUGAUUUUAUAAUUAAUCUACUUUUGUAUAAUUUUUGUGAAUAAAUGAACAUCCUGCCACAAUUACAGAUGCUUUUUGCCCCAUCACUAAUUGCAGUUGUUUGAUACCAAAAUAAAUUUAGAUAGAGACUCUUAAUUUUUUUCCAGAAAUAUACAUCUGGAACUGUUGUUUUUAUAGUUACUUACAGGUAUGGUAUAUUUUAUUUGUAAGCCAUGCUCUACUAAUGUUGUACGAGGAUCUUCCUCAGACGUAAAACUUUCAGGGAUUGUGUUUUGUUAGCUGGCUUAAUUAAUUAUAUGUAAAUUUAGAGGAUUUCUUAUGGAAAUAGAGAGUAUGAAACAUUGGAGUUGCAGUUACAAAUUCAUUUUCUUGGUUGUCCCUGAACAUGCCUUUAAAUAAUCUUGUCAUUUUUUUUUCCUCCCUGAAUCUUUCUGAUGAAGCACAGAGGCCUCUAUCAUUUGGAAUGCUUAGGCUGGUAGAUGUGAAUCUGAUUUAAAAAGUGAGUUCUCAUAGUUACUGCUUCAAGAUGACAGAGCACUGAUUAUGGUAAAAUAAUUUUUUAUUUCAACUAUAACUGAAACUGAAAAUAAUGAAGUAGUGCAGGAUAAAUGUUAUUGCUGCUUACUAAUUAUAAAAUGCAGUAGAUGACAUAUGUGAUUAAACAUACAGAAGUUGUAAAAGAUCUGAGUGCUUUGUAUCCGAUUAAAGUCACCACCUUCUUGAAGCAUCGUGUGUCUGCUCUAUUCAGUGCACACACGGGUUCAGGGGACAUUUGACUAGAGUU